AUGUCGCCACAUCACCGCGAGAAGGUCGUGGACGGCACCUUCAGAAGCGCGUCCUCCGGUCACGAGCUCUUCACGCGCGCGUGGCUCCCGCGCGGCGACGCGUCUCCCCCGCGCGCGUUGCUUCUCCUCGCGCACGGCAUCCACGAGCACGUCGGACGAUUCGACGCGCUCGCGACCGCGCUGGCGCGCGCGAAGGUGGCGGUGUACGGCUGGGACCACGUCGGUCACGGGCGAAGCGGCGGCGAGCUACGGCAUCAGUUCGGGAGGGACGGGUUCGAGGGCGUCGUGGACGACGCGGUGCAGCUCGUCCGGGGCGAACACCCGCGCGAGAUCCCCAUGGCGUUCGCGGGCGCGUCCUUCGGCGGCCUCGUCGCCGCGCACGCGGUGCUGCGAUCGCCGGACUUGUCCUGGUCCUCGCUCACGCUGAUCGCCCCCGCGAUCGACGUGCGAUGGAAUCUGACGCUCCGCGCGCAAGCGCUCGCGGGCGCGGCGUUGGCGCGCGCGGCGCCGGACCGGCGGCUCAUACCCGCGGUCCCGCCCGAGCGUCUGAGCGACGAUAAGGACGCGGUUGAGGAGUACGCGAGGGACCCGCUCGUGACCGUGGCGAACGUCCGCGCGAAGGCGGGGUACGAGAUACUCAAAGGGUUUGAGUCGCUGCGUAAGCGCUACGGAGAGAUAACCACGCCGCUGCUCGUGCUGCACGGCGCGGAGGACGAAGCCACGGAUCCGGGCGCGAGCGAGAUUUUCGUGAGAGAGGCGGGCUCGACGGACAAGACGUUCGCUUCGCUGCCGAACGCCGGGCACCUCAUCGCGCACGAGCGCGCGACGAGGGAUGUCGUAACGCGCGCGAUCGUAGACUUCGUCGUGUCGCGCGCCGCGGCGGCGGCGGCGACGACGACCCCGGGCGCGUCGGAGCGGGAGGAGGACGCGCGGGGCUCCGCGGGGGCGAGCCGGCGCGGCGGCGGCGGCGGCGGCGAAGAACGCGAGAGCGUCGCGCCGGCGGUCGUCGCGGCCUCGCGGCUGUGA